AUGGCUGGCCACGGUAUCCCCCGUUCUUUCCGCCACAUUGACGGCUUCGGUGUGCACACCUUCCGUCUCGUCACUGACAACGGCGACACCAAGCUUGUCAAGUUCCACUGGAAGUCGCUGCAGGGUCGCGCCAGUAUGGUCUGGGAAGAGGCACAGCAGGUCUCAGGCAAGAACGCGGAUUUCAUGCGCCAGGAUCUGUUCGAGUCGAUCGAGAACGGUUACUAUCCUGAGUGGGAGUUGGGUGCGCAGAUCAUGGAUGAGGAUGAUCAGUUGCGGUUUGGCUUUGAUCUGCUGGAUCCUACCAAGAUCGUUCCUGAGGAGCUCGUUCCCGUCACGCCUCUGGGUAAGAUGCAGCUCAACCGCAACCCGCGCAACUUCUUUGCCGAGACUGAGCAGGCCAUGUUCCAACCAGGCCACAUCGUCCGCGGUAUUGACUUCACCGACGACCCCCUCCUCCAAGGCCGCCUGUUUUCCUACCUUGACACCCAGCUUAACCGUCACGGUGGCCCCAACUUUGAACAACUUCCCAUCAACCAGCCCCGCGUCCCCUUCCACAACAACAACCGCGAUGGCGCUGCCCAGAUGUUUAUCCCCCUAAACCGCGACGCCUACACGCCCGGUCCCCACACCACCAACCAAGGCGCCCCCAAACAAGCCAACCAAACCGUCGGCAACGGCUUCUUCACUGCGCCCAACCGCAAAUCUGGCGGCAACCUCCAGCGCACCGUCUCCUCGACCUUCAGCGACAACUGGUCGCAGCCGCGCCUCUUCUACAACUCGCUCAACCCCGUCGAGCAGCAAUUUAUCAUCGAUGCGAUGCGCUUUGAGAACUCGAAUGUCAAGUCCGAGGUCGUCCGCAACAAUGUCAUUAUCCAGCUGAACCGUGUCUCUAAUGACCUUGCCCGCCGCGUCGCCCGUGCCAUUGGCAUUGAAGAACCCUCUCCUGACUCUACCUUCUACCAUAACAACAAGACGACCAACGUGGGUACCUUCGGCGCUAAGCUGCGGAAGCUCGAGGGUUUGAAGGUCGGCUACCUCGCGUCCGUGGACAAUAAGGACUCUCUUACCGAAGCCGCCACGCUCAGCGAGAGUCUUUCCGAGAACGGUGUUGAAGUCGUCGUCGUCGCCGAGCGGUUGACCGACGGCGUCGACCAGACGUACUCCGGCUCCGACGCUAUCCAGUUCGAUGCGGUGGUUGUUGCCAACGGUGCGGAGAGUCUGUUCAGCUCCUCUAGUUUGACUGGCGGUGCUGCGAGCACGCUCUUCCCUGCUGGUCGGCCAUUGAAGAUUCUGAUUGAUGGGUUCCGGUUCGGUAAGCCUGUUGCUGCGCUUGGUAAUGCUAUUACUGCGCUGCGGGACGCUGCUAUUUCUCCGAGCAGGGAGGGUGUGUAUGUGGCCAAGUCUGCUGAUGACAUUGUCGAUGAGAUCAAGGAGGGUCUCUACACCUUUAAAUUCCUUGACAGAUUUGCUGUUGACAACUAA